AUGGCUCAAAAUGCUCCACAGCUCCACUUUGGGAAUCCCUUUAUCCCCCAAAAGCAGACUUCGGAGUCCCUGCGGUCAAGCACAUCUUCUAGAACCUCACUUCCCUUUUUUCUUGAUUCUCACUCUGCUAAAUCUCCCUCAAAAUCUCUUUCUUGCUACUCUUCGGCGACAACAACUAUUUUUAAUGCCAACUGCUCAGGCAAUAAUAGUAUUUCUGGCUUUGCCUUGCCCAGUGGUGCCAAGCAAAUACGUAUACGGCUACCAGGACAAACAGGAAGUGCUAACAGCAGGAGGUCCAAUGGCCUUAGUAAGGGCAUUGUAUCUGGCACCUCUCUAUUGCACGGCCAGACAGGCGGCACGCAAACAGGCAUGGUCUCUGCAGUCGGGAUUUCUGGUGAUUGCGCGGUAAAGAAGUAG